ACACCCUAAUUUUUUCCCCCAACAUCCGGGACUUUUGGAGCUAACCAGUGUGUGUGGAAGGUGGAAAUUGGUUAAGGAGGGCAGUGGAGAGCGGAGGAAAGGCGGACUGAUGACAGCUGUCAGUGUGGACAAAAACAGUACCAAUCUCUGAAGAGAAGCCGAAUGGCUCUCUCCUAAACGUCCAAGAAAGAAGGGACACACCUUGGCGGUAUCGCGGGUUACUGAAAGGUCUCGCGAAGGUAUUUUCAUACAGUCUAUUUCCUGGCCUUACACAUAAACGGUGGAGCUACAGUUGCAUAGGCAACAUGGGGACACAAGGCACUGGUAGAAAGCGUACCCCUCUAAAAGACCGGUUCUCAGCAGAGGAUGAUGCCUUGAGUAGUAUUGCCAGGGAGGCGGAGGCGAGGCUUGCAGCAAAGAGGGCAGCUCGGGCUGAGGCCAGGGAUAUUCGAAUGAGGGAACUUGAACGGCAGCAGAAAGAGCGUUCUUACCAGUCAUCCAGCAGCAGUAGCAACAGAAAAUGGGGACAGAUCCACCAGUGGAUGGCUGACUCAGAAAAAGCCAGAGGCUCUAGUAGUAGUAUAUCCAGCAGCCGUCAUCGCCGGGGGCUGGAUGAUGAUGUCAUGUCAGUCCGCAGCUACAGGUCUACCUCAUCAUCAGCAAUACGUGACCUGGGGUCUAAGAGUCGAUCCAGUUCCCGUAGAAAAGAUACGUUGUCUGACGGCCUCUCCACUAGCUCCACCCUCAAGACCUCCCGCUCCACUAGUUCUGUGUACAAUGACCUGCAUGGCCAUAAAAGGGCUUCAUCCAGCUCCGCGAAGAAGGACCUGCUGACUGGACUUUACCACGAUCAAAGGAACUACACCAGCCUAACGAAGACCAAACCAUUGCCUCCUUCCUCCACAGCCACCUAUCAGCCUCGGGCCACCACUUCCUCAUCCUCCACCACUGGCACAGGGCUGCCUCGCAGCUACAGCAUGGCCUCUAUUUGCGACGACACCAGUCUUUACGGCUCUGGGAACAGUUCGAGAGCUCCCUCUGAAUAUAGCUGGUACUCCUCUGUAGCCAGCUCCACCCGCAGUAGCCCUGUGUCUUCUUCAGAUGAUGACACUGUCAGCAGCGUGUCCCAGGAACGCUUCGGCCGAGGCCGCAGGGACAGUGUGCUGGAUGAAAAAUGUGACAAGCAGUAUACAGACUUUAGUCGGCCAUCUUCCCGAUGUGCCACCCCAGGCCUGUCAGCAGCCACGUUGGCGUCGCUGGGUGGCACCUCGUCACGAAGGGGCAGCACAGACACGGGUAGCAUCUACGACCCCGACACCAGUCUGAGUGAACUAAGGGAUAUCUAUGAACUUAAGGACCAGAUUCAGGAUGUAGAAGGGCGGUACAUGCAAGGGCUUAAAGAGCUAAAGGAGUCCCUUGCAGAGGUGGAGGAGAAGUACAAGAAAGCCAUGGUAUCGAACGCACAGCUGGACAACGACAAAGGCAACCUUAUCUAUCAAGUGGACACGCUAAAGGACGUCAUCGAGGAGAUGGAGGAACAAAGGGCCGAGAUGAGGAGGGAGCUGGAAGACAAGUCGAAGGAACUAGAAAGGCAAAAGCACACGUGUACAGUCCUGCAGCAUAAACAAGAAGAACUGAAAGAGGGACUCCGCCAGAGAGAUGAGCUCAUAGAGGAGAGCCAGCGAAUGCAGACUAAGUUAGACGCCCUCACCAGAGAGGUGUUUGACCUGCAGGAAACGAUAAACUGGAAGGACAAAAAGAUUGGGGCCCUAGAGAGGCAGAAAGAGUACUUUGAUUGCAUUAGGAAUGAGAGGGACGAGCUCAGAGACGAGCUUGCUGACAUCAAGGGGAAGGCCCAAGCAGGAGAGAAACAUGGGCUGGUCAUCAUCCCAGACGGCGGCACACCAAAUGGGGAUGUCAACCAUGAGCCUCUGUCCUCAGGGAUCACUGUGGUCUCCCAGGAGGCCGCUCAGGUGCUGGAGUCUGCAGGAGAAGGCCCGUUGGAUGUCAGGCUACGGAAAUUGGCAGAGGAGAAAGAUGAACUGUUGGCUCAGAUCAGGAAGCUGAAGAAUCAGCUGGAGGAGGAGAGACAGAAGCACUCGAAGACAGACAGUGCAUACACAGAAGGGGAGAGGAUGGAGAACGGGACGGACCUGCACGUCAUUGAGAUGCAGAGAGAUGCCAACAGACUGAUUAGUGAAUACAAAUUCAAGCUUUCUAAAGCAGAACAGGAAAUAGGUACAAUGGAACAAAAUAUUAACAGACUUGAAGGACAAGUGUCCAGGUACAAGGCAUCAGCAGAUAACUCGGAGAAAGUAGAAGACGAACUUAAAGCAGAGAAACGGAGACUUCAAAGAGAGCUUCGCACAGCUCUGGAUAAGAACGAGGAAAUGGAGAUGACCAACAACCACCUAGUAAAGCGCCUUGAGAAGAUGAAGGCCAACAGGAACGCCCUUCUGUCCCAGCAGUGAGGCAAGGCAGCGUCACUACAGAAGCCCUUAAACUCGCACCUCAGACCUCUGACUGCCAUAUUGCGUCUGGAGCACAUUUCCAUUUUUAGCUGUAACACUUUAAGAUUUGUAGCUAACCAAAAAACACUUACAAAAAUGUGUAGCGCAGGCAGCAAACUGAAUUGUCCUUUUUUCUUCUUUUUUUUUUCAAACGGAAGCGUUGUCGGGCAAGCCGCCGGUGUUUUGGGAGGAAUGACUCAGAAACUUAACUAAUAAAACUAAAGUUGCUGGGAGAUACAUCUGAGGACAUUUUUCGAGUCACUACUUACUUUUUCAGAGCUUUGUACUACAUCAUGUUAUCCAUGAGAUUUGAUCUCUCUGGCUGGGUGCUCGGCUGUUCUUUGGUUUUGGUUUUUUUUGAUUUUUUUUUUUCGUUGAUAAGUUGCAUGAAUGAGUAUAAUGAUGCUUUUGAACUAUUCAACCCUCACGGCUGCUCCGGCCCCGCACCUUCCCGGCUUCCCCUCACACAGCCAAGUGCCUUUUCACACUAGGAGACUGGGGGUCCGCACCGCUCAAUGAAACAGUGAUCCUUUUAACAGGUACAGAAUGAUUUAUUUAAAAAGGUGACGUCAAUAUUUGAAAAUAUGUUGAACCAACUGUCUGCUGCGGUUUCAUUGAAAUUUUUUCAAAUAUUUAAAAGAUUUCUUGAAAAUAAAUGUAAUUUACAGAA